AUGAGCGUCAUUGACCCCGUCUUCUUCGACAAGAAGUUCAGCGUGCCUCGCUACAUGCUGCGGUAUGUGGUGGGAGCGGCGACCGACGAAUUUCGCGACCAGCAGCUUCAAAAGGUGCGCAAGUUCCGAGCCAUGGCCGACGAGCAGAUCGACGGCGUCAUCGACCAGAGCUUCGUCAACUUCAACACGAGUCUCGCUCGCUUCACCACCAUCUCAAACCAAUUGCAAGAAACGCGGGACAAAGUGCAGGAAGUCCGCAAGCGAGCUGCCGAUGGUCGGACCAUUCUGGGUUCCAAGACGAAAAACCUUCGCGAGCUGCUGCUCCAAAAGUACGAGGCCAAGAAAGUGAUCGACAUCAUCAACGACAUCGAGUGCAUUGAGGCCGCACCGUCCAAGAUUGAGGCGCUGCUGAACCAGCGCAAGUUUCUUGAAGCCGUCGACGCGUUCGCAGGCGCGUUGGACUUGGUUUUUAGCGAGCAGCUCGUAGCUUUCCACGCCACGACGGGGCUGCGCAACGACCUGAUGGAGUGCAAACAAACGAUCGAAGACAGAUUGGUGCAAGAGCUGCAAAGAACGAUCUACCUCAAAGGCGCGUUCGCCAACAUCGCCUCGCGAACCAACCAGUAUUCGCUAGCAGCUAUUGAGAAUGAACUCAGCAGCGGCGCACACUUCGACCAGGAAUUUGAGAGACUGAUGCUGCAGACUUCCACCUCCAAAGGAGACGCCUCUGAUCACAACCGUGCAAGCAUCGUUGGCGUUCCUGCUGCUCCCCUGCCAACAAACAACGUGCUUCAGACCGCAGUCAGCGCUGUCAAAAAACUCCAUCGUGAACGAGAAGCCAUUGGCACCAUCAAAAGCUCGAUCGAAGAAGAGCUGGAUGCAGUAGUUGCGGAACUAUCACGCCUCUGUCGAGGCAUCUUCAAUUCCAGCAGUAGUACAUCGUUUGCCAACGCGUUCACAGAGGCAACGUUCGGCACCCACGACCACUCGAGCGAGUUUGGCACAUUUCUGCGUCUGCUCUUCACCGUGCUCCGUCGUGUUGCUCAGCGCCACUACCUCGUCGCUGUAUACUUCGAGGCCGACGGCGACAACUGGGACUACGGCAUGUUCGAAGUCGUAACCAAAAUUUCCGGAGUGCUUGAGGUAAGCUUUCUUUUGUUCAAAUUGAGUCGGAACAAGCCACUGACAAAGAAUCAGUCGGGUGAAAGCAACCAGGUAACUGCAAUACGCCGCCGCCUCGUGUGCGAACCGAGCGUGUUCCACUUGCCCGACGUUUACGAGGACUUGGAGCGCAUCGGCAAAGAUUUCCAGCAGCUUUUCCGGGCCAGUAGCUCCCGUUCUGGCGUGGCCUCACCUAUGUCAUCGUUGUCGGGUUUUGCAUCAUUCCUCAGCACCUUCAUCACGCAGAAGUGGAUUCCUAAGGUCAAAGCGAAGGCACAGCAGUUUCUGGCGCUAAAAGGACGGGGUCAGACGACGAUCUGUCGGCUGCCCAUUCCGUCUGACACAAGCUAUCAGCCACCCAGCAUCGACAGUUUGCUCCACGUAAUCGAAAACCUCCGCGAGAUGAUGGCCAAGAUGCCGACUCAUGCUUCCGAUUUGGCGAGCGUGCUGGAAGCCUCUGUCUUGAGCUGGCUGGAGGAAUGCGCCGUCAUUGUGCGGGAUAUCCGAGAGCAAACACUCAAUCACCAGCAACUGCAGACCAAAAAUGUCACGUACGCCGACUUGGCAGCAAUUUUCCACGAUUACGAAGGCUAUCAGCGAGCCAAGCAAGGGAGCCCGAUCCCGUAUCACCACUCGAAGGUGCAGCCGACCGGAUCCAUGACUAGUGGUGCAGGUGCCCGAAUCACUGCCGAGGAGGUCAUAGCGGCAAGAGAACUUGGGCUCGAGAGCGAACUCUACGACCCGGAUGCGUGGAUGCACGGAGCAGACGGUUUACUGAUGGAUAACGCGCGGAUCGGCAUGCUCGGCUACGCCAACAGCGCAUGCGACCUCAUCGCUGUGUACCUUCAACGUGUUGCUGGAGGUUCCGAAGGGAAGUCCAACAAUUGUCCGACUUCGCCUGUUACCUCGCCAGCCCUCACCAUGGCGCUUCAAGCGGCGAGUUGGCAAUGCAGCGCCCUGGCUGAUGCGUGUCUUCUUUUCCUGCGCCGCGAAGUGAGGCUGCAUUGCUGCUACUACCUCACGCAGCUCGUCUCGCAGCGAUUUGACAUAGAAGAAGGCCAGCCGACCAUGGCUCAAGACAGCGUCCUCACGCUCAACCUCAACCUCUCUUCGAUCGAAAACGCGCUCCAGCCAUACCUGGCGAGCGACAAGAUGACGCUUGUGUACAAUGGCGUGGACGCGCUACUAUCGCGGCUACUGAUAGGCAACCUCGCACAGAUGACCGACUGCACGUUUACUCGCGGAGGUGUCCAGCAAAUGCUGCUCAACAUCGGUGCUCUGCGUCAAGGACUCACAGGAACGCUCUACUCGUACCCACGCGAUGGUCUGUCCUUGUCUUCGUCGGCUUCGAUGCCUUCGUCCUGCUCGUCAGCCUCGCGAUUGGAGCACGCCAAGCGGUACUACCAGCUCCUCAACUUGUCCGAGACGCAGCUUGAAAUGUUUCUGCUGGCAAACCGCGGCGCGUACACGCAUGAGGCUUUUCGAGCGCUCUGGCACAUCAAUGCCCCUCAUCGCCCACUCGCCAAGGGGAGCGUCAACAAGCUCGACAGCCUACUGCGAUAG